UAUUGCUGGCACAUGCAACAUUUCCAGCCGGGAGUAAAACCAUUACCGCAAAUUGUCUCUGCUGCGGUGUGUCCACGUGUUUUUUAUUUGGUAGUCUGGCCUUGCACUGAUUUCAGGUGAAAGUUACAUCACUGCCAUCUGGAAAUGAUUAUCACAAAGAAAGCACCUAAGUGAUGUUCAGUUAGAAAACAAGUUUGAUCAUGCGGCGGCUCUGCCUGACUUCCUUCCAGAUCAUAUCCCCUGCCUGGUUUCAUCACUUUAUGUAAAAAAAAAAAAAAAACAGCGCCUUAAAAGGUUGACGGAGAGAAACAGAGACACAGAGAGAGGGAGAAAGUGAUUGAGGGAGUCGGGGGAGUUGAGCAUUUCCUGUAAUCACAUCAUGAAAGCGGCGAUGUCAUCCUCUUCCUGUUUUCUCUCGUGUCUCAGACACAGUCCAGGUGAGAUGAACAGUGAGCACGAUGGAUCUCCUCUGUCUUUGCAGACACAGGGACAUCACUCUGCUUCGUCUAAGCCUCACACUCUGUGUAAGAUGUCUGAGGGAGAUGUUACAGUGCUGCCAUUCGGACCUUCAUCUCUGGACUUGUCCAGGCAAGAGCACCAGACACUGACCAGGCUGUACAGCCAGAACGGAGGAUAUCACCUGAGGAUUUUACCAGAUGGAACUGUGAGCGGUGGCAGACAGGAAAAUGAUCCCUAUGACAUCCUCAGGCUGAAGGCUGUGAGCGUGGGAGUGGUGGUCAUCAAGGGCGAGAUGACAGGGAGGUACCUGGCUAUGAACAAAAAUGGGCGCCUUUACGGAUCGCAAGCACUGAACGAUGAGUGUUACUUCCUGGAGAAGUAUGAAGAAAACCACUACAACACAUAUUGCUCUCAGAAGUACAACUGGUAUGUUGGGCUGAAGAGGAACGGCCAACCCAAAGCAGGGCCGGACACCCACCAGGGUCAGAAGGCCAUCUUUUUCCUGCCAAGACCUGUGGGUAACAUGUAAAGCAAGACUGCACCAGGAACCAUGGACACGCUCACAUUAAUGCACAUUAAUAGUGCAUUCUCACACCGGGCAAAGGAACCUUAUUAAAAGGUCACUCAAAAUCAGUUCAGUAGGGUGGUAGACCCACGAGGCAAACACAUAAUGCUGUUUUUUUUUUUACAGUUAGUUCAAGCUGUAUUUUAAUGUUAAUAACCUACAUGUUUGUUUAUUCCUCUUGGAAUAUGUGAUUCCAGCUCAUGUAAGCAGCUUACACUGUAUAUGAUCACAGGGAUAUGAGCACAUAUAUACCCUCCCACUGCAGACAAGAAAAUGUGUGCGGUAUCAGUGCAUGUCAGCCUUGAUAGAUGGGUGUUGACUUUGAACCCUCGUAUGAAAUACCACUGCUGGAAGACAGCAACGGGCCGCUUUUACACAGAAAUAGUUGUACAAUUGAUCACGUUUGGCACAAAGGAAACCAACAAGGCAGUAAACAUAAAAGAGCCGACCAUCUGGUGCUGAAUUCAAAGUUAAGCAAACAAAGUCAACAGUGAAGGGACUAAUAGUACAGUAAUAAAAUAAAUAUUUCGGUGCCUUGCUUAAUGGUUCACUAAGGUGGGUGUUUGCUAACUUCUGAAUUACUAGUAACUAUUAUUCUGCUCAAACUUGUUUGAUGUCUGUUUCUGUAACCACAAGUGAUCUAUGUAGAGUGUCAGCAAUGUAAAAGCAAGUUGUCAAGUUUGUUUUACUUUUGGCUGAGCUGUAAUGUGAGCUAGCUCAGUGGUGCUAGGUGAGCUAGCAGUAGAUGCACGCUUACUUCUGCCAGGUAAUUUGGUUGGUAGGUGUAGUUCAGUGGAGUGUCUUGAGUAACCAGGUCAUGACUUCUGAAAAGAGACAUGAGUGUUGAGUUUGAGGUUUUUGUAGUGGUACUUUGAGCACCACAAGCCAAGUGCCAUCUAUUUCCAUUACAUUCGAGAGAAGGCAGACAUCUCUGUGGCCGAUAUCUCCAACCCUCGACAACUCACACCAAAACAAUCUAGAUGAAUAAAUAGCACUACAGGUUAGAGGAAAAAUAUGAAUUUUUGAUUUUGGGGUGAACUGUACCUUUAAGUUUAAGUUUUUGGUUGAAAACAGCACCCUUGUUUAUGAUACAGUUAGCUGUGACGAGAGUGAAACAUUUGUAUGAUUGUAUAAUUGUAUUGUAUGAUCAUUUUGCUGUUAUGUGCCUCGGCCAGCUGAGGCAGAUGUGAAAACGGAGCUUCAUUAAUCAAUGAAGUUAUUAUUGAGUUGUAUUUUUAAAGAAAAGGAGGAACCAGAGAAUAUUUAACAUCUUGAUUGCGCCAAAUACUCGUGUAGAUUAUUAUAUUUUAGUUAUGAGGAGGCAGUGACGGACCAAAUAUUGACCAUUCUGUCCUGGACCAUGGAAGUCACAAAAAGUUUCCUUUCACUUAGCAAAAUGGCUUCUCACCCCAACAGCUCUUUCUGUAAACAUAUGUAUUUCUGUUUAAACAAAUGUUACUGUAACAUUAUACUAGGUUAAAUAACUAUUGUGAAUAUUUAUUUAUAAAGUUUUAUUUCUAAUAAAGUUUAAUUUUGCUGAACUUUGCAAUAGACAUUUUCUGAAUAAUAAUUUUUACAUGCAUAGUGAAAAAGGUAACCUUUUUACAAAGUAAUACAUAUUGUAUUAAGUGUACUGACAUGUAUGAAGUUUGCAUCAUAAUCUGAGUUAAUAGUAUGUUUACUGUGACAAUGAUUAUUGUUUAUCCCAAAACAUGGACAUGUGAAUAAAAGUGUAUAACUGUGCAUCUCUUUAAAGGAA